AUGUGGUCCACAGGCUGCGUCCUCGUCGAGAUGAUCAACGGCAGUCCGCCCUUCAUGGGAGAUUCCCAAAUCGAUCAGCUAAUCGAGAUCAUCAAGAUACUCGGAACUCCUUCUAAAAAUGAGGUGGAGGAGAUGAACAAAGCCUAUGAUAUGAAGGAAUACAAUAAAGACCCUCUUCUUAUCGAUCUCGUCACCAAAGUCCUCCAAUACUCUCCGAUAAAGCGUAUAACGCCCGCUGAAGCAAUUUUGCAUGAAUAUUUUGACGAGUUGAGGGACGAGGCGAGAUACCAAGAAAUUCUAUUCAAGGUAAAGGCAGUUCCUGAGCUCUUCGACUACUCUCAAG